CUACAGCAUCGCCGGAGGAUCACUGGAACAAAAAAAGAGAUUGUAUGUUUCUGGAUGACGCACCAUUGUUGACAUGACCAAGCAGCACAGAUUACUGUUCCAUCUGAGAAGGGAGCUCCUCCCUCACUGCUUUUACCCGUGCACGUCACCGGUGCCCUGCGGCUCAGCAUCAUUGAAUCUGCCCCAUUGAGUGAGACGGGAAAGAACCUGUUCUCACCUCCUUGUCCACCGUUUUAUUCUCUCCUGUCAACACCUGCCAUGGCUGAACAGAACGACGGGGCUUUCAGUGACAACGGAUUUGACCCCAGUUUGUUUGCUGAGAAUGCAAGGAAGGGUACUGUGGUCUCCAGGGCUAACAGCAUUGGGUCCACAAGUGCCUCAUCAGUACCAAAUACAGAUGAUGAAGACAGUGACUACAGGCAUGAGACCACAUACAAGGAGUCCUACAAAGACCGGCGGAGACAGGCACACACACAGGCCGAGCAGAAACGACGGGAUGCCAUCAAGAAAGGUUAUGAUGAUCUCCAGUCCAUAGUGCCCACCUGUCAGCAGCAGUCUGAGUUUGCCGUGGGGACGCAGAAGAUCAGCAAGGCCACAGUGCUGCAGAAAACUAUCGACUACAUCCAGUUUCUGCACAAGGAGAAGAAGAAGCAGGAGGAGGACAUGUCUAUGCUGAGGAAGGAAGUGAUGGCACUGAAGAUCAUGAAAACGAACUAUGAGCACAUCGUGAAGGCCCACCAGAACAACCCUCAGCAGGGGGAGGAGCAGGUGUCAGACCAGGUCAAGUUCAGCGUGUUUCAGAGCAUCAUGGACUCCCUGUUCCAAUCCUUCAGCAGGUCUGUGUCUGUGGCCAGCUUCCAGGAGCUGUCCGCCUGCGUCUUCAGCUGGAUCGAGGAGUACUGCAAGCCUCAGACAUUGCGUGAGUUUGUGGUGGGAGUUCUCCGGCAGCUCAACAGCCAGCCGUAUUAAUGCUGUUCAGGAGUGAACUCAGGACAGGAAUCUCCCCUCAGGGAUGGAGCCGGGGCCUACCCUGGGUUCUCAGGGUCUGACAGACCUCACAUAUCAGUCUAUCGUGUUCCCUCCUUUUAAAUCGUUAACGCUUACUCAACUCACCACCAGUCUGCAGCAGGGUUGGGUGUUUCCUGUCUAGUCAGGUCAAAUCCAGCCCAGCAUUCUGUGGUUUUAGUCAUCAGGGGUUUUGGUUGCAGAACAGUUGUUAAACAAGGCAAAUGGCCACUUGCUUGUAAACGUUCCCUAAUGUUUACAUUCACCACAAAUCGAGUUGGAACCACAUUUGAUUUUUUUAUUGUUCCAUUCCAAACCUCUUUUUGUUGUUCCAGUGUUCAAACCAGCAUAAAGUUCUGAACCGGUUCGAAUCAAAUCCAAAACAGUCAUGAGUUAAAAUAUUCAUUUCAAACAAGUUGUGAUGGUAUUUGAGAAUUGUUAAAUGUUCAUCAUUGAUUGUGAUGUUAUGAUUGCUGUUGUCCGUGUUGUGACAGAAUCGAGCAUAUUUAAGUGUUACUGCAGCUUUUCGCCUUUUCAUCAUCUUUAUUGGCAAAAAGGCACGGUAGAAUAGUGAUUCAUGAAUAGUUCUAUAUUAGACAUGGUUUUUAAACAGAAUCUCUGAACCAAAAAACUCUGGCCAGGAUUCAAUCAGAUUAGCGGUAAACGCAGAGCUAAUCAUGGCUUUUGUUUAGGCGGUGUAACUGUUAAAGCUGUCGAAUUGGUAAGCGGCUGCUCUUGUGAUCAUUGUCAUGAAACCACACCCGUCCUUAUAUCCCAUCCACCUUAGAAGUUCAGAACAAGAAAGUGUAGGCUAUAUAGAAAUGACAAUCAUUAAACGAAAUCGGGAUUCAUCACAUUUCACUGUUAGAAUUUGUAACACUGCUGCAAGGGCUUUCUACUAAUGCGACCUGGUGCAUCCAAUGGCAAUGCCAGCUAUAGUUAACGCCAGGAGCUUCUUGUGGAUUUGACAGCUCUAACGCUGUCAUUGUAAAUAAUCAUUUGUUCUCAACUGACUUGCCUAGUUUAAUAAAGGUUAAAUACAUGAUUUAAUUUUGUAAACACAGUUACACCUCCAACACCACCUAAACAAAAGCAAUGUGUUUGUCGGCUGAUGCAGGUUGCCGCAGAUCUGAUUGAAUCCUGGCCUUAAACAGUCAAGAAUGUUAAAAAGUAAUGUGAAGAAUUUGGUGAUUUAUUUUUGACAAUGUGCUCAGGAGAACUUGUACCAAAUGUUUCAGGACCUUCUGGUAAACCUAACAGAUGUGAAUGUUUAAUCUGUGUAAUCACCAGACUUUAAAAAGGGAUCAUUUUAUACGACAAGUAUUUGUGCUGGUAUAAAUAAAUCAGGUCUACUGUUACAUAUUUUUUGCUGAUUUGGACAAGAAUUUGAUGGAAGUAUUUCGUAUGAAUGAUUUUUAAUUGCAAAAUAAACUUUCAAGUAUA